GAAAUGGCUUUGAACGGUAAAAUCGCGGUAGUAACUGGAGCAGCACUGGGAAUAGGGAAAGCGAUAACGGAGAUACUUUUACAAAACGGUGCUAAGGUAGUCCUCCUGGAUGUCAACGACAAUGCAGGGACGAGUUUAAAGGAAUCCCUCGACAAACAGCACGGACGAGAGAGAACCCUGUUCCUGAACUGUGACGUUGAGUCAGAGGAGCAGCUCAAAGUUGCAUUCCAGAAAACUGUGCAAACCUUUGGAGGAGUGGACAUCCUGUGCAACAACGCUGGCAUCUUGGAUGAGGGCGCAUGGGAAAAAACUGUUUCCAUAAACCUCGUGGGUGUUAUCAAGGUAACCUACCUGGCUUUGGAGCUCAUGAACAAGUUGAAUGGAGGUCGCGGAGGAGUCAUCGUCAACAUUGCAUCCAUGGCAGGUCUUGGUCCGUUCGCGUGCUGUCCUGUCUACACGGCCACCAAGCACGGAGUGGUAGGCUUCACUCAAGCCAUGGCGGCUGCUUCUACUGCCUCUGGCUAUGGCAUACGUUUCAACGCCCUUUGCCCAGGCUUGGUCCAAACCGAUCUCUUCACUCACAUGAUAGACAGAUUAGGACAAUUCUCCCAUCUGGCUGAUAUAAUUGCAAAACCUGCAGAAAAAGGGGCCUUAAAUGUGUCUGAGGUAGCCGAGUGUUUUCUGGAGCUGGUGACAGAUGCGACGAAGAAUGGAGAGGCCCUCAUGGUGACACCCAGUUUCAAGAAAUACAGGACAUUCCCCCCGUUAAACCAGUAGGUCAUGGCAACGUCAAACAUCAUACCUGUGUGACAGACUCAUUGACACCUUUUAAAUCACUUCUUAAAACACCUCUCCAUAUCUUAU